AUGAAGGGGAUCAAUCAUGGGGUGUGUUACUAUUUGGUGAAGCCAGUGCAUACCAACGAGCUAAAAAACAUAUGGCAGCAUGUUCAAAGCAAGAGAAAAUCCGAAGCAAUAAGGCACAUCAGCGGUGAUGAUGAUGACGAUCAGAGGGCACAACUUGGGACUGCUGCCAAGAGCAAUGAUAGAGCUAAUACUGAUGAGAACAAAGAGAACACACAGGCAUCCACUACCGAGAAGAAGCCAAGAGUGGGAUGGACAAUUGAGUUGCAUACAAAGUUUAUGGAAGCUAUCAACCAGAUCGGCCUUGAUAGGGCUACUCCAAAAAAGAUUCUGGAGAUGACGAAUGUCGAUUGCCUCACUAGACAAAAUGUAUCGAGUCAUCUACAGAAGUAUAAAUUGUACUUGAAAAGAGUCAACCCAAACCCACUUGGUGAUGCAUGUGUAAGAUGGAACUCUUUCAUGAACAUUCAGGAGAGUUUUAUGCAUAACCAUAAACAUGAAAGGUGGGGUGUGUCCUAA